UCAACGUGUCAAAACAUUUUCACUCACAAAUUCACACGCACCGAGUCCUCUGUUUUGGAUCUUAGAAGAGAAAAUGGCAAGAAGCGACGUGAAGCUGAUCGGUGCAUGGGCGAGUCCCUUUGUGAUGAGGCCGAGGAUUGCUCUAAACCUCAAGUCUGUCCCUUACGAGUUCCUCCAAGAGACGUUUGGGUCUAAGAGCGAGUUGCUUCUUAAAUCAAACCCGGUUCACAAGAAGAUUCCGGUUCUGCUUCAUGGUGAUAAACCGGUGUGUGAGUCUAACAUCAUCGUCGAGUAUAUCGAUGACACUUGGAGCUCAUCUGGACCGUCCAUGCUCCCAUCGGAUCCUUACGAUCGGGCAAUGGCUCGGUUCUGGGCUGCUUACAUCGACGAAAAGUGGUUUGUCGCUCUAAAAAGUUUCCUAAAAGCCGGAGGAGAAGAAGAGAAGAAAGCUGUGAUAGCUCAACUGGAAGAAGGGAAUGCGUUUCUGGAGAAGGCGUUCAUCGAUUGCAGCAAAGGAAAACCGUUCUUCAACGGUGACAACAUCGGUUACCUCGACAUAGCUCUCGGGUGCUUCUUGGCUUGGUUGAGAGUCACCGAGUUAGCAGUCAGCCAUAAGAUUCUUGAUGAGGCCAAGACACCUUCUUUGUCAAAAUGGGCUGAGAAUUUCUGUAAUGAUCCCGCUGUCAAACCUGUCAUGCCAGAGACUGCCAAGCUUGCUGAAUUCGCAAAGAAGAUCUUUCCUAAGCCGCAGGCCUAAUUAAGUUGCUGUUGAACUAGGUUUUGUAUUUGUGGGUCGAGAUCUUGCAAGAAUAAACUAAGAGAUGGUACUGUUUUAUAUAGAUGCAUGGCUUUAUCUUUGUGUGUGAGUUUUAAUCAAGGGUAUGUUGAAUGAUUUAAUUUUAGGUUAUGUGGAUUGAGAAGUAAGAAAUUUAUAAUUAUUGCAUA